UAUUUUAAGCUACCUGAUAGCAGUAACAUUGCUCACAUGCCCCUAUCCCAACUUACACAGCCCGCCUCCCCUGGAAAAUAUUUAAAGUCAGCUGGAUCUUGGCUUAGUCUCUUCAAAAAGAUAAAGAAGACAAGAAAAUACGUACAUUUCCUUCUUAUGACAACUCAAGCCAACUGAAAUUUCAAGGAUGCCAAAUUGGGGAGGUGGAGCCAAAUGUGGUGCAUGUGACAAAACAGUCUACCAUGCUGAGGAAAUUCAGUGUAAUGGACGGAGUUUUCAUAAGACCUGUUUCCUAUGCAUGGGUUGCCGAAAAGCUCUGGACAGCACAACAGUAGCGGCUCAUGAAUCUGAAAUCUAUUGCAAAACAUGUUAUGGGAGGAAAUAUGGUCCCAAAGGGAUUGGCUAUGGGCAAGGCGCCGGUUGUCUCAGCACGGACACAGGAGAUCAUCUGGGGCUGGAUCUACAGCAGCACUCACCAAAGCCAGGUCGUCCUUCUACCCCUACCAACCCUUCAAAAUUUGCCAAAAAGUUUGGAGAUGUAGAAAAAUGUCCUCGUUGUGGAAAGUCAGUGUAUGCUGCAGAGAAGAUAAUAGGAGGAGGAAAGCCUUGGCACAAGACCUGCUUCCGAUGUGCUAUUUGUGGAAAAAGUCUAGAAUCUACAAAUGUUACAGACAAAGAUGGAGAGAUUUAUUGUAAAGUUUGCUACGCAAAGAAUUUUGGCCCUAAAGGAAUUGGAUUUGGUGGCCUUACUCAAGUUGAGAAGGUGGAAUAAAAUGCCAUGCUAAGAUCUCAUUUAGGUCUAUCUAAAUAAGUAACAAUGAAAGGUUUAAUUUCUUACACAGUGGUUAUAACGUUGUGGGAAAUCAUUUUUGAAAAACAGCAUUUCAUUCCUGAGCAAGAGAACUCCAGAACAUUAAGAUGUGGACUAUUCAUAAAUAAUUUUUGAAUCAAAAUUCUGGUUAUUUUAUCAAGAUAAUCGCACAGACAAUCCUGACACUGUUAUUUUUAGAGUUGUGCUAAUUAAGCAAAACUCAAUUCCUAUUCUUUAUCAAACAUCAAAUGAAACAUCAACCAAAUGAAGAUAGAACAUGAAAUAUAGGCAAGUCUACCAGCAAGUAUAAUCUCUAUAUUAUUUUUUAAUUUUAAUCCUCUCAAAACUUUGUUGUCUUUUUUGGGAAAAGCUGAUUGGUUAUUCCAUCUUUAAGCAUAUUUUACUGAAGACCAGCACUACUUAUAAAUGUGCUGUACUGCAUAAAAGAUAGAAGUGUAAUUAAAUUGUGAGCACUAAAA